GUUACUGCUGCUGAAUCAUCUUCACCCAAAAACCCCCUCUCCGGUGAGUGGUGAUUCUCUCUCACUUUGUCGACCACCGGCACAACCACCACCACCCACCACCACUGAAAUGGACCCAAACAAGUACUUGGGGGCACAGCCGAUUGCGAUGGACAUAGAGCAGAUGCCCGAAACUCCAAACCAUCACAGAGGGACCCACCACCGUCGGGCUCACUCCGACACCUCAUUCCGAUUCGACGACUUCAUCCUCUUCGACCCUUCCGACCUCGACCUCUCCUCGCUCGACCUUCCUUCCAAUCCCUCCAAUCCUACUCCACCUACCGCUGCUGUUAUGCUCGAUAACUCCUCAGAUGACUCUUCCUCCAAUAACGCCUCAAAACCUAAACCCAUCAACCAUUUCCGCAGCUUGUCCGUGGAUUCAGACUUCUUUGACGGUUUGGGCCUUAAUUCUGGAGCCGGAGAUGAGAAAUUUGGCGGGAAAGUUGCUACUGCGGCUCAGGGAGAGAAGAAAGGGUAUCAUCACAGGCAUAGUUAUUCCAUGGAUGGGUCAUUUGAUGUUGACUCAGUUUUGGGUGAUGAGACUAAGAAAGCUAUGGCAGCUGACAGACUCGCUGAACUUGCUUUGAUUGAUCCCAAGAGAGCUAAAAGGAUUCUUGCUAAUAGACAGUCUGCAGCACGUUCUAAAGAGAGGAAGAUAAGAUACACAAGUGAACUGGAGAGAAAGGUGCAGACACUUCAGACAGAAGCAACCACCCUCUCUGCACAGGUCACACUGCUCCAGAGAGACACCUCUGGGUUGACUGCUGAGAAUAAGGAACUCAAAUUGCGGUUAGAGGCUAUGGAGCAACAAGCACAACUUAGAGAUGCUUUGAACGAAGCACUGAAGGAAGAGGUGCAGCAUCUCAGGAUGGCAACUGGCGAAAUUUCAGCUAUGAGUAACAGAGCGUUACCUCCUCAGUUUCCUGCCCAGCCAGGAUUGCAGCACUUUGGAAGCCACCAAAUGGAGCAACACCAACAGCAGCUUCACGUUUCUCGCGGAUCCACCAACGGUCAGAAGGUCAAUGGUCAGCCCUACCCAAGCUUCUUGGACUUUAACCGCCGGACCUAGUGAGCUUGGAGAAAAUUACAUUGUCAUGUCAGCAUUCCAGUGGUGGGAAAUACAAGGUAAUUCAGGCUAGUAGCAUCUUUUGUAAAUAUAAAAUAUUUACAUGUAGCAAGUGGAAUGCUAUGAAGAGUGUUGUUCAGAUAUGUCCUAUAUAUUAUCAUCUAUACAUAAGGCUGUGUUAGUCUUAGGACCAAACCUGAUGGUAACUUGCCGGAGGGCAUUAGAAUCUCUCAUUGAACAAUUAAUUGGCAACUUAUAGUUGUAGUGGCUGUAUGUAUAGUACUGUUGCUAGUUUCAGUAAACUUAGACAAAUAAUCUUCUACUUGAUCAUUAUUCAUGAUGAGGACUCUACUUCCAUUGCA